UGUUAUAUUUUGAUAAUUACCCAAUUGUUUUAAAGUAGAAAUGAUAACUUAUAUUGUUUUAACGUUUUUACACAUUUUUGUGGUUGGGUAAUAAAACGUGAAAGAAAAGAGAAUACGAAAACGAACCGGAUAUCCGCUGUAACCGGAAAUCCUUCCUGUCUCCGUUCAGAAAUUAUGGCUGUCUUCAUCCACAAACAUCCGUUUGCACCAGAUAACAAGUGUAAAACUGUGAAGAAUCGUUCUGUCGUCGCGUUGUAUUAGCUGCUUUUGUUCGGUUAGGAAACAUACCCAUACUUUCACCGCUGCCGAUUCCUGGUCUGCCUGAACGAAGUCGCCCUUUAACAGGUACCUCUUAGCUUGGUAGCGUUAGCUGCUAAGCCGCAACAGCAGCCACCUGUCAGCUAGCGCCGCUCGCCACAGGCUAUUAACAGUGAGUAUAGUGUUAGCGCAAAUUGACAAUUUAAUUCGUGUUUUUGUGAAUAUAUUCGCCUAAAUGCCUGAACAAGGCCCCAGGAUGAACGGUUUUUCUCUCGGUGAGCUGUGCUGGCUCUUCUGCUGUCCACCCUGCCCCAGCCGCAUCGCGGCCAAACUGGCGUUUCUCCCACCGGAGCCCACCUACUCUGUGCAGAGCGAUGCUAACGGUGUCACCAGCUUACAUUUAACCGAGCGGGCAGACUGGCAGUAUUCGCAGCGAGAGCUCGAUGCCGUGGAGGUGUUCAACACCAGAAGCAGCCGUGGUAAUCGAAUUGGCUGCAUGUUCGUGCGCUGCGCCCCCAACAGCCGCUACACGCUGCUGUUUUCCCACGGAAACGCCGUGGACCUGGGGCAGAUGUGUAGUUUCUACAUUGGCCUCGGCUCCAGGAUCAACUGCAACGUGUUUUCUUACGAUUACUCAGGCUACGGAGUGAGCACCGGGAAACCGUCUGAGAAGAACCUGUAUGCAGACAUCGAAGCGGCCUGGCAGGUCCUCAGAAACAAGUACGGAGUAACACCUGAGAACAUCAUCCUCUACGGUCAGAGUAUCGGCACGGUUCCCACCAUUGACCUGGCCGCUCGCUACGAAUGCGCCGCCGUCAUUCUGCACUCACCGCUCAUGUCAGGGCUGCGGGUAGCUUUCCCCGACACGCGCAAGACCUACUGUUUCGACGCCUUCCCGAGUAUCGACAAGGUGUCUAAAGUGGCCUCCCCCGUGCUGGUCAUCCAUGGUACGGAGGACGAAGUCAUCGACUUCUCUCACGGUCUGGCCAUGUACGAGCGCUGCCCCCGUGCCGUUGAGCCCCUGUGGGUGGAGGGAGCCGGCCACAAUGACAUCGAACUGUACGCCCAGUACCUGGAGAGACUCAAGCAGUUCAUCUCCUUCGAACUCCCCACCUCCUGAGGAGGAGCCCAGUCACCAGGCCAGGGUUCAUCUCAGCACAUUCGAGAAGCCGCCUCCUCAUCAUCUCCCAGAAUUCUCUGUUGGCACAAACACGCGCCUGGAGUCGACUCCUCACCCUCUGCUCCUCUCUUCUUGGAGCGUUUGAAGGUGUGACCUGGCGUGGACGGGUGGAGGAGGUGCUUUUAGAUUGUUGAGGUUCUGCUGAGCCCAAGAGCCCCCCCUGCAGGGUGUGUAUCCUUAGUUUCCACUGGCUGCUGCUCCUUCACACAGACCCAGUUUUGAGCCUCGGUCCAGACACUGUUUGCACUGCACUCCCGGCUCCGCCCUUUUCUCUCCUUUGACCUUCCAUGCUCCGUCCCCUUCUACGUCCUUUCACUGUGAACAUCCCCGACUCAUUUUUAUUCCUACGGCUUCCCUCUUCUUUUCCCAUCAUCCUUUGCGUUCCCUUUAACUGGGAGUCUUUUCAAUCUUGAAGCUUUUUGUUUAGUUUUGUUCUUUUGUAUGCUUUUAUACCAGGUGAAGAAACAUGAAUUUUGCACCUCGAAAAUUAAUCGAAGUUUUCUACUUUUUAUGUAUUUUUACGUUGCCAUUCAGGGUUGAUUAAACAGUUGCACUUUAACCGUGCAGACAUUUACAAGGCAGAUUUACCUGUGUGUUUGGGAAACGUACUGUACAUGUUGGUUUGUUCUGUUGCUGACAUUCCUUUUUUUAAAAACCUAAUCAUGAUUAGAUUUGAAGGAGUGUGUGUGUGUGUGUGUGGGGGGGGUGUAGCUGUUGACUAGAGUGUUGUGUUUUGUUUUAUGGAGCCAUGAUUGUUGUUGUGCACCAAACCCUAUCGAUUCAUCACGUCUUGCUUU